GUGUUCUCCCUGCUCUCCGUCCGCGACGGCCCCUUCGUCCCCGAGUCUAGUCCCGCGGGGCCCCAUCUGCCUCUCCCUCUCCCGGCAGCAGCCCCCAGUAGUGGGGUAGCAGUGGAAAGGCGACCCUGUAAAUAUGUCUGGAUGGAGGUCUCAGUGGCGUCUCGUCCUGCUGAACUCCCUGACCUGCGGCCUGGAGAUCUGCGUGGCAGCUGGGAUCACGUAUGUUCCCCCCCUGCUGCUGGAGGCUGGGGUAGAGGAACAGUACAUGACUAUGGUGCUAGGUAAGCCAGCUCUGGUUACUCCCCCUUUGUCCCCUCUCUCUGAAAGGACAUUAAUUAGACAUGAAAGAGUCUUCAUCUAAGGGGAAGAUGAGAGAGCCCUCCCCCAUUAGCUAUAUAUCACCCCAACACACACACAUGCAUGCAUGCAUGCACACACACACACACACACACAAACAGGCGUGUGCACACACCCAUGCUCACACGCACGUGCGCACACACACACACACACACACACACACACGCCUUUGGGGGAGAAACUGGAGAAUAGGAUCCAUCCGUCUCUUCUGUUGCUCUCUAGCUGACCACUUGAGGGAUUGUUGGGUGUCAACUGGAUAAGAGCGUCUGCUAAAUGACUAAAAUGUAAAUGUAAACUGUUUCCCAUUAUUUAUUACAUUAUACACUUCUCUCUUUUCCCAGUGUCUCUGCUGUUACUUUUUCAUGUUUUAUGGUAGAAAAUAUGAUUAUACCCCAUCGCAUAAUUUUUAUGUCCCUUUUUAUUGCAGUUAAACUGUCUGCAGAUUGCAGUGCCAAUCUAAUUUGAGACUCAUUAAUGUAGUCCAAGGAAAUGUGUAACGCAUAUAAAAGCCAAACAAAUUGAAACGUAUUCUGCGGGUUGGUGAACAACUGUGUAGCAUCCAUGAAUGAUUUAUCAGUUGUUGGUGGCUCAGACUUGAUAUUCAAAUUGAUUAUAUCCUCUGUAGGAAUGGUAAAGGAUAGGAGACAAACCUCUUAUUAAAGUGUGUGUGUGUGUCUGCCUGCUAGCGUGCACGUGACUGUGUGUGUCUGCCUGCUAGCGUGCACGUGACUGUGUGUGACUGUUUUUGUGAGAUAGGGUGGGGCAGGGCCACAGGUCUCUCGCUAUUAGUCCAUUUCCCACUGGCCUUGCAGGCGUCAUUGAGGCCAUUACCUAAAUCAGAGGCCAAAUCACCUGUUGCUUUGUUCAGGUCGUAAUCAGGUGCUAAUUGAAAGGCAGUGGGAGACAGAGAGAGGGAACGGCUGGAGGCAGCAGCCCUCCGUUUCACAGGCCUAGUUUUACUGAUUAUACUCUUUACAUGAGUUGCACUUCAGAACUCAAAACUGAAAUGAAGCAGGUCAUUUGCUGUGCAGCUAGGGUUUUUACUGGUGAGGGUUGUCAGAGGGCUUAGUGUGGAGGUACAGAGGCCCAGUGCUCUGGAGGGGUCCUGUCCUGCUGGAAGUUGAAAGGUCAGUGCCCCAACAGCCCGUUAGAAAAUGUAUCUAAAACAGCCUGCUGUCUCCUGUGGCUGCUGGCCUGCUGGCACAGGACCACAUUUACAAAAACAAAAACAUACUAACUGUUCUGUCCCCCUGAUGGAACAGGCUCAUUUUAGAUCCCCAUAGUUGAGUUUCUAAUCUGGUUCUGGACAGUGGCUGUGGGUUUGUUCUACACUAACAACAGCAGAACAAAUCUAAAGAUGUGGAGCAGAGGCCUACUGAUAGAUACAAAGAGGGGUUGUUGUUGUUAGAUCUCAUUGCCUGCAAAAAGUGGCAUGCUGUUAUGUUUGACCUAACAUUAAUACAUUUAUUUUAUUAUUACCCCUUUUUCGUGAUAUCCAAUUGGUAGUUACAGUCUUGUCCCAUUGCUGCAACUCUCGUACGGACUCGGGAGAGGCGAAGGUCGAGAGCCAUGCAACCUCCAAAACAUGACCCUGCUAAGCCGCACUACUUGCUUAACCCGGAAGCCAGCCGCACCAAUGUGUCGGAGGAAACACUGUACAACUGGCGACCGAAGUCAGCGUGCAUGCGCCCGGCCCGCCACAAGGAGUCGCUAGAGAGCGAUGGAAGAAGGACAUCCCGGCCGGCCAAACCCUCCCCUAACCCGGAUGACGAUAGACCAAUUGUGUGCCGCCUCAUGGAUCUCCCGGUCACGGCCGGCUGCGACACAGCCUGGGAUCGAACCCGGGUCUGUAGUGAUGCCUCAAGCACGGCGAUGCAGUGCCUUAGACCGCUGCACCACUCGAGAGGCCCACAGUUGUUCAGGUUUAAAUAUAGACACCACACCACUGGCUCUGUGUAUAUAUAGUCAAUGUGCUGCAGUGGAUUCUUUGUGUAGGCGAUGUGAAUAGUUGCAUUAUCCUGUCGCCAGCAAAUGGCAAUUACAGCUCCAAUGGACGGAUAAUAUGAUGUCUUAACGUACACUCCACUCUCCCUCUCUGUAAACAGCUGCAUGCAAACGGGAGAAAAAAUGUCUUUGUAUCGUUCCGACACAACCCGUAAACCUGAUCUGGAAAUGGCACAAAACCUUGUUCACUUUCCCCCUUAGCUUCUUCUAAUGGAACGGCCGAGUGUUAAGUGAAUGGAGAUGGAUAUUGUGUCCUGGAGGCUGAAGGCAAAUUUUCCUAGCAGUAGUGUCAGAUUCUCAGAUGCACUCCAUCUACUUUAUCUAAUGGCUACUUCUCUGGAUUUAUACUUCCCAGUUGCCUCUCUUUAAUUCUUUAAUCUACUCUUCUCUGUCUCUGUCAGGCUUUCUGGAGAGUGGCUCAGGGGCAUGUCUCAUGUUAGAAAAGCACAUUAUAGUGUGUGUCCUGUAUUUGAGUUGCAAAGCACAUGGUGGGGUGUGUAUACUGCUUAUAAGUUAGAGAGCACAUGUGGUGUGUGUGUGUAUUCUAUAUGAGAAAGCACAUUGCUGUGUGUGUACAUACUGGGAUUGUAUGUCAAAUCAAAUGUAUUGGUCACAUACACAUAUUUAGCAGAUGUUAUUGCGGGUGUAGUGAAAUGCUUGUGGUGUGGUGAGGGAAAGAGAGCUCAUAUUUAGCGGAGUAGGACUGUGUGUGAGAGUUCAGACUGUACCAUCAUGCUCUACAGUCAUGGUCAAAAGUUUUGAGAAUGACACAAAUAUUAAUUUUCACAAAGUCUGCUGCCUCAGUUUUUAUGAUGGCAAUUUGCAUAUACUCCAGAAUGUUAUGAAGAGUGAUCAGAUGAAUUGCAAUGAAUUGCAAAGUCCCUCUUUGCCAUGAAAAUGAACUCAUGUCAGUGAUUCUCUCGUUAACACAGGUGAGAGUGUUGACGAGGACAAGGCUGUAGAUCACUCUGUCCUGCUGAUUGAGUUAGAAUAACAGACUGGAAGCUUUAAAAGGAGGGUGGUGCUUGAAAUCAUUGUUCUUCCUCUGUUAACCAUGGUUACCUGCAAGGAAACACGUGCCGUCAUCAUUGCUUUGCACAAAAAGGGCUUCACAGGCAAGGAUAUUACUGCUAGUAUGAUUGCACCUAAAUCAACCAUUUAUCGGAUCAUCAAGAACUUCAAGGAGAGAGGUUCAAUUGUUGUGAAGAAGGCUUCAGGGCGCCCAAGAAAGUCCAGCAAGCGCCAGGACCGUCUCCUAAAGUUGAUUCAGCUGCGGGAUCGGGGCACCACCAGUGCAGAGCUUGCUCAGGAAUGGCAGCAGGCAGGUGUGAGUGCAUCUGCACGCACAGUGAGGCAAAGACUUUUGGAGGAUGGCCUGGUGUCAAGAAGGGCAGCGAGGAAGCCACUUCUCUCCAGGAAAAACAUCAGGAACAGACUGAUAUUCUGCAAAAGGUACAGGGAUUGGACUGCUGAGGACUGGAGUAAAGUCAUGUUCUCUGAUGAAUCCCCUUUCCGAUUGUUUGGGGCAUCCGGAAAAAAGCUUGUCCGGAGAGGACAAGGUGAGCGUUACCAUCAGUCCUGUGUCAUGCCAACAGUAAAGCAUCCUGAGACCAUUCAUGUGUGUGGUUGCUUCUCUGCCAAGGGAGAGGGCUCACUCACAAUUUUGCCUAUGAACACAGCCAUGAAUAAAGAAUGGUAACACAUCCUCCGAGAGCAACUUCUCCCAACCAUCCAAGAACAGUUUGGUGACGAACAAUGCCUUUUCCAGCAUGAUGGAGCACCUUGCCAUAAGGCAAAAGUGAUAACUAAGUGGCUCGGGGAACAAAACAUCGACAUUUUGGGUCCAUGGCCAGGAAACUCCCCAGACCUUAAUCCCAUUGAGAACUUGUGGUCAAUCCUCAAGAGGCGGGUGGACAAACAAAAACCCACAAAUUCUGACAAACUUCAAGCAUUGAUUAUGCAAGAAUGGGCUGCCAUCAGUCAGGAUGUGGCCCAGAAGUUAAUUGACAGCAUGCAGGGGCGGAUUGCAGAGGUCUUGAAAAAGAAGGGUCAACACUGCAAAUAUUGACUCUUUGCAUAAACUUAAUGUAAUUGUCAAUAAAAGCCUUUGACACUUAUGGAAUGCUUGUAACUAUACUUCAGUAUACCAUAGUAACAUCUGACAAAAAUAUCUCAUAACACUGAAGCAGCAAACUUUGUGAAGACCAAUACUUGUGUCAUUCUCAAAACUUUUGACCACGACUGUACACACUGGAUUGUUAUAAAGGGCCUCCAAAGCUGUGGCAGCCAGGCAGAAAUGUGACUGAGGGUCUGACUGCAGUGACCCAUUCUGUAUGUCUCUGUCUCUGUCUCUGGCCUUCCGUACGCCUGUCUUUCCGUCCGUCUGUCUGUCUGUCUGUGGGGCUGCUCCACUGAGAGCCUGUCAACAUGAACUAAACCCCCAACCAACAAACCAACCACAUAUUCUUUACCUUAGGAAAUGUUUUCCUGGGAACCAUUACACAACUUAAUGCCAAUAAAAUAGUAUCUGGUUUCUUUCAUUUCAUUGUGUAACAGUUUCCAACAAAGUGUUGUUGUCAGAUAUCCAUCCAGGUAGAUAAAACCCAUACAUAAAAGGUAAUUGUCUGGGAAUGGAGUAAUGGAAUUUCUCUAUUCAUACAGUAUACUCUCCAGUCUCCACACAUAUUUCAUCAGCAUGACACUUAUGGCAUCCCUCAUGUGGAUUUAGUUAAUAUAAUUGUAUUUUUAUUCUCUAUGGAAUUUGAAACCAUGUUUUUAAAAGAAGCAUUCCUUGCAUGCUCCCAUUGUAAAACCAGAGGCGUACAUCUGGCCAUUGUGGGGAAUGUGAGUUGAAUGUGAGCUGUGUUGCUCCACAAGCAGCCUUUCUCAUGAGGUGUUCCAAUUAGCCCAAGCUAGCAGUGGGGAGCAGUGGGGAGGAGAGGGAGGUUGAUGGUGAGUUAGCUUGGGGCACAGAACCAUUGGUAGUCAGCCUUCACUAGCACUCAAAGAGAUGGAUGGAGCAGUGAGGGGGCCAGUGGGGCCACAGAGCCUGCCUCCAAGCCCUGUCAGCAUAGGGAAGGUAGUGAAAUAGUAAGCUGGAAGAUACCAGAAAACAUCAGAUGCAGCCAGGACAUUUGUUGGAUUGCAGAUUUCCCAGUUCACAGGUAAAUAUUGUGGUAAAACUCAAAUCCAAUAACUAUUAUGUUGGCUUUGACUUUGAUACUGACAACCAAUUAAUCAACAUCACUAAUUCCCUCCUUUUUCUCCCCAGGUAUUGGCCCAGUGUUAGGUCUCAUCUUCAUCCCUCUGAUUGGCUCAGCCAGUGACCAUUGCAACAGCAGCUACGGCCGCCGCCGGCCCUUCAUCUGGCUGCUGUCCCUGGGCGUCCUCUUAGCCCUCUUCAUCAUCCCCCAUGCCGACCUGCUGGCUGCCUACUUCUCCUGGGGCGGACGCACCCUGCAGGUGGCCUUCCUCAUUCUCGGUGUGGGCCUGCUCGACUUCUGUGGCCAGGUGUGCUUCACGCCGCUGGAGGCGCUCCUGUCUGACCUGUACCGCGAUGAGGAGGACUGCAACCAGGCCUUCGCCAUGUUCUCCUUUAUGGUCAGCCUGGGAGGCUGCGUGGGCUACCUACUGCCUGCACUGGACUGGAGCCGGGGCCUGCUGUCCGUCUACCUGGGCGGCCAGGCAGAGUGCCUCUUCUUCAUGCUCAUCCUCAUCUUCGUGACCAGCGUGCUGAUCACCAUGAAGGUGUUGGAGGAGUCGCCGUGUGCCGGCGCCGCGGCCCUGGAGCCCGGUCCUCUCUUGGAGGCAGGCCGCUGUGGCGUGCCGCGCUCCUGCUGCUACCUGCUCAAGUGCAAGCUGCGGCUGCUCAAGUUGGAUCCGCUGCUGUGCCUGCUGAGGACGUGCUGGUCCAUGACGCCGGUCAUCUACCGCAGCUACUGCCACGUGCCCCGGGUGAUGAGGCAGCUGUGUGUGGCCCAGCUCUGCAGCUGGAUGGCUGUCAUGUCCUUCAUGCUCUUUUAUACAGACUUUAUGGGGGAGGGGCUGUACGAGGGCAUGCCCAGCGCUGCCCCCGGGACCGCCUCCAGGCAACGCUACGACGACGGUGAGUUGACUCUCUUUUUGUAGAUAUACUAUGUGAUUCUAUCACUAACUUUGGCAGGGCAAGCUUCAGAGUGCCUCUCCAUCUCUCAUGUAGACACUAUUUGAUAUUAUCACAUAAAUACUUUGGCUGGGCAAGCUCUGCUUCAUUGGGACUAGAUCCUUGAUCGUUGAUGGAUUCACAAUCAGAGAACCCAAAGUUCUCAAAUGCCCAAUAGAGCAGUGGUGUAAAGUAACUAAGUAAAAAUAAGUUGAAGGACUACUUAAGUCGUUUUUUUGGGGUACCUGUACUUUACUUUACUAUUUAUAUGUUUGACAACUUUUAAUUUUACUCCACUACAUUCCUAAAUUAAAAAUGUGUUUUUUACUCCCAUACAUUUUCCCUGACACCCAAAAGUACUUGUUGCAUUUCGAAUGCUCAGGCAGGACAGCAAUAUGGUCCAAUUCAAGCACCUAUCAAUAUAACGUGUUGCCAUGCCUACUGCCUCUGGACCAUAAAUUAUGUCUGAGUGUUGGAGUGUGCCCCUGGGCUGUCCCUAAAUUUAGAAAAACAAGAACAUUGUGCUGUCUGUUUUUUUCUUAAUAUAAGGAAUUUGAUGUAUAGCAUUUACUUUUACUUUUACUCAAGUAUGAAAAUGUACUACAUUUCCACCACUGUACACUGUACAUUUCAAUCCAGAUACUGUAUGUGCUUUUACGAAGAUAAAAAAAACAUGUAGGCUAUGAGGAUUACACGUUUAUAUUCGUAGGUACAUCCAUCGUAACAAGAAAUAGAUGACAAUGGUGGUCAUUUCAACUUGUUGUAUUUUUUCCCAACCGCUAUGACUGAUUGGUGGCACUGUCCGCUAAGACAGUUGGCUCAUAGUUGUGAGUUCUAAUCCCACAUGGGGCAGAUAUAUAUUUUUUCUUCAAAUCCUUUAUUUACAAUAUUCAUCCUGUGCCCACACACUUCUAAUUCUGAAAAGUGAAAGCAUACCUGUGAGAGGGGUUGCCCUGGUAGUAGUUGUAGGAUUUUAUACAGUACCCAAAACCAAUCUAUGAGUUAAUUUGACUACUGGAAAAAGAGCUACUGCAGUGGGGUUUGGAUUGAAUUGAGCGCCUAAUCUUCAUUUUCAAGGUGACGAUUGCACUUUUCUUCCCAACACAAUACCGCAAUACAUUUUAGUCCACAUUUCAAAUAUUUUGUUGAAACUAACUGUCAAGAGCCGUAUUUGCUUGUAAUGUACAUCAUUUUAUUAUCAGAGCGUGCCAGUGGUCUUCUAGUAAGUAUGUUUUAGUGAGAAAGUGUUGGGAUCAGGUACAACUAUAUUUACCCACCCCCAAAAUGAAUAUGUAUGAUCAAUUCCCCCCACCCACAACUUCUCACCUCAAUGCAUUUUUUUUUUAUUUGAAGGGUUUGGGCAAAGGCUGAAAUUGGGGUUGAGAGUAAAAGGCGCUGCAUGGUCAAUCCGACGUCUGGAUUGGCCGUGCAGCAUUUACAUUGAUAAGGCCUCUGCAGAAGUCAGGGCAUUCAUACGUAUUGUGCUUCUCAGAGCAGCACAGAGCUGUUGUGCAGAGCUGUUGUCAAGGAAGUGAGUUUGUGUUUACACAGGACCUCCUUUCCCCACCUACCAUCAACCAAUCAUGUCAAUGCGGAGCUAUACGUAGCUAUAUGGAGCCCUCCGCGUUGUUAAAAAAUGUGGGAAGUGCAUGACGAUGCGGUAUGGAGCUCAAUUUGGCCUCUGCAUGCCUCCAGAGGCUCCACAAUUGCGUCACACCCUCCAUACGGAGCCUCCGACCACAUUUUCAGAUCAACCAUAAAUUGGCUUUUACCCUUUAAUAGUGUGGUUCAUAAUCCCCUACACGCUUAGAAAAAAGGUUGGUUAUAAAAUAGAACCCUUUUUGGUUCCAGGUAGAACCCUUUUGGGUUCCAUGUAGAACACUCUGUGGAAAGGGUUCUACAUGGAAUCCAAAAUAGUUGGUGGGACCCAGACCUGGGUUUAAAUACUAGUUGAAUUCUUUGGAGCGUUUGCUCUAGCCUGCCUGGAGUGCCAGAUGGGCAGGGUUUUCAGUUUUGGGACUAUUCUAUUGGUCCAUUAAGCCAUGCAAGCUCAAUCAAGCACAGCUUAAGUAUUUGAAAAUAUAUCAUAUAGUUUUUUUACCUAGAUCUGGUGGGACUGGAGCAAGAGCCACCGCCUCAGCAAACACAGGCCUCCUCCUUCCUCGCCCGCAGAGCUCUCACUCAGGGUUUAUUUAAUGUUAAUUUGGUCUGUGAUGGUUUCCGAUACAGUCCAGUCAAACUGUUUGCUGACUCAACCGUUUGCUGGUCUUUAAAUUCCUCACAGAGCACAUCUGUUCUGUGUGUUGAUGGCUUGUGCAAACAGAAUUGCAAAACACAUAAAGAACCAUUACAUAUAUAGGUUAAUCUGUGGUGCUGUAUCUUUAGACAGGUUGAAAGUAUGAUGUGAAAUGGAAAAAACACACUUAUAACACAAAUCAUAACCCGGCUCCUACAGGGGUAUUUUUGAAUACUUAGUGUCCGGAUUAGGUUACUGGUUGUAUUUUACAUUUGCAACCGCAGCAGGUUGUGGUGUAUUAGUACUGUGUUUGACCUUGUUCUUGGGUUGUGCCUGUUUGUGUAUGCAUGAACCAAGGACGAUUAGUAAUCUAAUGGCUAGCUAACUAACCAGAAUUAGAAUAAUGUAGAAUUACUGUAACCAAUAACCUAAAUGUUAGGGCAUAGAAUUAAUAUAACAUAAUAUUUUAUCUUAAUUUGUUGCCACAAUUUCAAUCCUGUCUUGCAGGCAUCCGUAUGGGCAGCCUGGGCCUGUUCCUGCAGUGUGCUACCUCAACUGUCUUCUCCCUGCUCAUGAGCCGACUGGUCCGCCAUUUUGGCUCGCGCCGGGUCUACCUGAGCAGCAUGGUGAGCUUCACCAUCUCUGCCCUGGUCAUAUGUAUGUCCAAGAGCGUGGUCCUGGUCACCCUGAUGUCAGCUCUGACAGGCUUUGCCUACGCCACGCUGCAGACGCUGCCCUACACCCUCACCUGCCACUACCACAAGGAAAUGGAGGUAAGGACAGAAAGGCACACAUACAUAAAGGACUCUGCGGUCCCUGCACUGAGAAUCGUGUACAGCUCUGGAAAAAAGUUAAUUAUCAGUUUCUCUGGUUUUACUAUUUAUAGGUAUGUGUUUGGGUAAAAAUAACAUUUUUGUUUUAUUCUAUAAACUACUGACAACAUUUCUCCCAAAUUCCACAUUUUUUUGUCAUUUAGAACAUUUAUUUGCAGAUAAUGACUGGUCAAAAUAACAAAAAAGAUGCAGUGUUGUCAGACCUCGAAUAAUGCAAAGAAAAUUAGUUCAUGUUCAUUUUUAAACAACACAAUACUAAUGUUUUAGUUCAGAAAUCAAUAUUUGGUGGAAUAACCCUGAUUUUCAAUCACAGCUUUCAUGCGUCUUGGCAUGCUCUCCACCAGUCUUUCACAUUGAUGUUGGGUGACUUUAUGCCACUCCUGGCGCAAAAAAUCAAACAGCUCGGCUUUGUUUGAUGGCUUGUGACCAUCCAUCUUCCUCUUCCUCACAUUACAGAAGUUUUCAAUGGGGUUCAUUCAGGUCUGGAGAUUGGGCUGGCCAUGACAGGGUCUUGAUCUGGUGGUCCUCCAUCCACACCUUGAUUGACCUGGCUGUGUGGCAUGGCGCAUUGUCCUGCUGGAAAAACCAAUCCUCAGAGUUGGGGAACAAUGUCAGAGCAAAAGGAAGCACGUUUUCUUCCAGGACAACCUUGUAUGUGGCUUGAUUCAUGCGUCCUUCACAAAGACAAAUCUGCCCGAUUCCAGCCUUGCUGAAGCACCCCCAGAUCAUCACCGUUCCUCCACCAAAUUUCACAGUGGAUGCGAGACACUGUGGGUUGUAGGCCUCUCCAGGUCUCCAUCUAACCAUUAGACGACCAGGUGUUGGGCAAAGCUGAAAAUUGGACUCAUCAGAGAAGAUGACCUUACUCCAGUCCAAUCCUUAUGGUCUUUUGCAAACCUCAGCCUGGCUCUUCUUUGCUUCUCAUUGAUGAAGGGCUUUUUUUCUAGCUUUGCAUGACUUCAGCCCUGCCCCUAGGAGCCUGUCUCGAACCGUCCUCACCGUGCACUUCACCCCAGCUGCCGUUUACCAUUCUUUUUGUAGGUCACUUGAUGUCAUCCUACGGUUGUUGAGUGACAUUCAAAUGAGUUGGCGGUCAUCCCGGUCAGUAGAGAGUCGUUUUCGCCCUCUGCCGGUCUGUAGCUUUGUUGUCCCCAAUGUCUGCUGCUUGACCUUGUUCUUAUGAACCGCCGUCUUUGAAAUUUUAAGGAUGGAAGCAACCUGACGCUCACUGUAUCCCUCUGCCAGUAAAGCCAGAAUUGAAACCUUCUUUUCCUCACUCAAAACUUUCCUUUUCAACUCUUUUGGCAUGGUCAAUAGUUAUUUUUUAAAAUUAAUAUUACUUUUGAGGUACGAUUAGCACUGUUUUUGCCUUCCAGCUGGUCCUAUUGCAAGAGGAUAGUGACGACCACAGCAGUGGUUUUUAUACUUUUCCUCGUUAAAUAGGAUUUGGUUCAGGUGAUAACCUAAUCAGUACCUAAUUCAGUAGAAUGAGGUGUGCCUGUGUUGGAAUUCAACAGACACUGGAAUGGAAUGGCUGUCAUACAUGUAGAGAUGCUGAUUUAAGAACAUUUUGCAGUGGUCUCUUAAUUUUUUCCACAGCUGUAUAUGGGUAAUUCUAUAAACUAGGAUUCCUACAAUGAACAACUUGUUACAGCUGUUGAUAAAUCAUUGAUAAUAAUCUGCCUUUUUCAUGUCAUUACAUUAAGAUAUAAAGGGGGAUCAUAGCUAUAUUCAAUCAAAUUAACAAGUUGAUUUAAAACCUAUGUUUAACCCUUCAUCAUUGUUGGUGUCUUGACAGAUUUGUCCAAAAUCAUGAGCCAUAAAACAUUACUUUUCUGUCCUUGCAUUUAGGGCAGUGUAAAUUGUCCUUAUCAUAUAUUAAGCAUUAAUCAGUUAAAUUAGACAUUGAACUUGAACCCUGUAAGAAUCCUGGAUCUAGGCCUCCCGAGUGGCGCAGCGGUCUAAGGCACUGCAUCACAGUGCUUGAGGCAUCACUACAGAUCCGGGUUCGAUCCCGGGCUGUGUCGCAGCCGGCCGCGACCGGGAGACCCAUGAGGCGACGCACAAUUGGCCCAGCGUCGUCCGGGUUAGGGGAGGGUUUGGCCGGCUGGGAUGUCCUUGUACCAUCGCGCUCUAGCGACUCCUGUGGCGGGCCGGGCGCAUGCACGCUGACACGGUCGCCAGUUGUACGGUGUUUCCUCCGACACAUUGGUGCGGCUGGCUUCCGGGUUAAGCAAGCAGUGUGUCAAGAAGCAGUGCGGCUUGGCAGGUUUGUGUUUCGGAGGACGCAUGGCUCUCGACAUUCGCCUCUCCCGAGUCCGUACGGGAGUUGCAGCGAUGGGACAAGACUGUAACUACCAAUUAGAUAUCACGAAAAAGGGGGUAAAAAGUACCAUAAAAAUAAAAUAGAAUCCUUGAUCUAGCAGUGUAAGUACAGGUACAUAACAUUUCGUGUCUCCUUAUGUUAUGGGGUGAAAACAGUUUUCAUGGGCACACAAAUCCAAAAUAAUGUAUGCAUUGCAAAAUCGAAUGCUUCUAACCAAUAAAGAGUCACCUUACCUUGAUACUUAACACCUACAUCGAUACUGUCAUUAACGUGGUUCUUCAAUAAUUAUAUAAUAUACACCGUGAUAUUUUCACACAUCAUCAUCUGAUCCAGGAAGGAAUUUUCCGAAUGACAGUCAAGUGAGGAACAGCUGUUAUGAUAGCACAUGCCAUGCAACAACAGCCCAAGUGCUGGAUAAAGGAAUGCAAGGAAUGUCCAGAAUAUUUUGGUGUCUCAUUCGUUUCACUGGUGAAGAAGGUUGUGUCUGGAUCCACUGUUGGAUCUAAUAUUCCUAGCGAAUUGAUGUUGAUCAUCUGUUGUUGUCUGCUUGAUUUACAGCAGGGUCUCCUUAGAUUUAACAGAGAAAGCAUCAAGGUUCAUGUUCAUAUGUUUUUGUGCCUCGGAUUGGACACUGAGUCUACUGUGUGCAAUUGUAUAGGAUAGACUUGUGCAACACCCAACACUAUUCCUAUUAAUUAUUCUGGAUAUAAUGACAACAAAUUACAUAGUCUAGUGGGCUUAUUCACAAAAUGAUCUGGUAAUGAAAUAACAUGACAAAUACAUUUUGUUUUCCAUGUUAGACCUGCAAUUUUAAACAAUACAAGGGGCUUGAAGUAGCCUUCUUCAACUAGAAUUUGGAGCUCAGAAAUUCAAGUACUGGAAUAGGCCUACCUUGAAAAUCAGACAUUUCCUCAAUUUGGUACUUGAAAAGUCCUUGUAAUUAUUGUAGGCAAUUUAUGUUCUCCUGCUCCUUUAUAAUUAUCUGUGAUUUCAUUUUUGAUCAAUUUUUGUGAGAGAUGUGGCCACUUGUUUCCCGCCGCUUCAAUUGAAGGGUGUUGCGCUACUCUGUUGCGGUAAAACCACGUGGAUUAUUAUGAGGACGACAACAUCUAAUGUUGGCUCCAACUUGGCUUUCCAUACAAAUCCUUCCAUUAAAAAAGGAACCUACUUUUUGGUCACUUUCUCAUUAUAAAAACAGCGAUGGUGAGAUUCAAAUGGUGAGAUAAAUGCUACCGCUAUUCAUGGCUUUAUUAUGUGUGCCUGCGUCGGCCACAUAGGCUACAAAAGAAUUGCAGUGCAUGCAUCCAAUCUAUUUAGUCAGGCAAUGUCCACAUUAUUCACACAUAUUUUAGAAUGUAAUAAUACUUUGAAUAUCAAUGCAUUGGCAAGGCCUAAAAUAUUAAUUAUUCUUAAAGUGGUAAUGGCCUACUUUUUUGACACUUUUUGCAUGCACUUUGUGGGGACGGGGGGUUCUAUAUUAGGCCCUAUAUGUACAAUUAUAUAAAUUGUACAAUUGUAUAACUUUGAGGUCCUUGAAAAUUACAAUUAAGUGCUUGAAAAAGUCCCUGAAAGUCCUUGAAUUUGACUUGCCAAUGUCGGUAUGAACCGUGCUUAAAGGAUGUAUAGUCCUAGGCCUAUGUUGUUGUAUACAGUGAGGGGAAAAAGUAUUUGAUCCCCUGCUGAUUUUGUACGUUUGCCCACUGACAAAGACAUGAUCAGACUAUAAUUUUAAUGGUAGGUUUAUUUGAACAGUGAGAGAAAAGCGCAUGUAAAAAAAAUUAUAAAUUGAUUUGCAUUUUAAUGAGGGAAAUAAGUAUUUGACCCCUCUGCAAAACAUGACUUAGUACAAAACCCUUGUUGGCAAUCACAGAGGUCAGACGUUUCUUGUAGUUGGCCACCAGGUUUGCACACAUCUCAGGAGGGAUUUUGUUCCACUCCACUUUGCAGAUCUUCUCCAAGUCAUUAAGGUUUCGAGGCUGACGUUUGGCAACUUGAACCUUCAGCUCCCUCCACAGAUUUUCUAUGGGAUUAAGGUCUGGAGACUGGCUAGGCCACUCCAGGACCUUAAUGUGCUUCUUCUUGAGCCACUCCUUUGUUGCCUUGGCCGUGUGUUUUGGGUCAUUGUCAUGCUGGAAUACCCAUCCAUGACCCAUUUUCAAUGCCCCGGCUGAGGGAAGGAGGUUCUCACCCAAGAUUUUACGGUACAUGGCCCCGUCCAUCGUCCCUUUGAUGUGGUGAAAUUGUCCUGUCCCCUUAGCAGAAAAACACCCCCAAAGCAUAAUGUUUCCACCUCCAUGUUUGACGGUGGGGAUGGUGUUCCUGGGGUCAUAGACAGCAUUCCUCCUCAUCCAAACACGGCGAGUUGAGUUGAUGCCAAAGCGCUCAAUUUUGGUCUCAUCUGACCACAGCACUUUCACCCAGUUCUCCUCUGAAUCAUUCAGAUGUUCAUUGGCAAACUUCAGACGGGCAUGUAUAGGUGCUUUCUUGAGCAGGGGGACCUUGCGGGCGCUGCAGGAUUUCAGUCCUUCACGGCGUAGUGUGUUACCAAUUGUUUUCUUGGUGACUAUGGUCCCAGCUGCCUUGAGAUCAUUGACAAGAUCCUCCCGUGUAGUUCUGGGCUGAUUCCUCACCGUUCUCAUGAUCAUUGCAACUCCAUGAGGUGAGAUCUUGCAUGGAGCCCCAGGCCGAGGGAGAUUUACAGUUAUUUUGUGUUUCUUCCAUUUGCGAAUAAUCGCACCAACUGUUGUCACCUUCUCACCAAGCUGCUUGGCGAUGGUCUUGUAGCCCAUUCCAGCCUUGUGUAGGUCUACAAUCUUGUCCCUGACAUCCUUGGAGAGCUCUUUGGUCUUGGCCAUGGUGGAGAGUUUGGAAAUGGAUUGAUUGAUUGCUUCUGUGGACAGGUGUCUUUUAUACAGGUAACAAACUGAGAUUAGGAGCACUCCCUUUAAGAGUGUGCUCCUAAUCUCAGCUCGUUACCUGUAUAAAAGACACCUGGGAGCCAGAAAUCUUUCUGAUUGAGAGGGGGUCAAAUACUUAUUUCCCUCAUUAAAAUGCAAAUCAAUUUAUAACAUUUUUGACAUGCGUUUUUCUGGAUUAUUUUGUUGUUAUUCUGUCUCUCACUGUUCAAAUAAACCUACCAUUAAAAUUAUAGACUGAUCAUUUCUUUGUCAGUGGGCAAACGUACAAAAUCAGCAGGGGAUCAAAUACUUUUUUCCCUCACUGUAGGUGGAGUUCUGGGCUAAUUUGCAUAUAUUCACUUUUAUUCCUCUAAGUACACACGUGGGAACUGCAUAAAAAUCAUUUUUAUUUUUGUUUCAAACCAUUUUGACAUUUUGGAUCCCAAUGUCACACACUGGCCCCAUUAUUUAUAGAAAGACCCAUAUGGGAUCAUAUUCUAACCCUGAUACAUUUCUGUUGACUCCUUUAGACGCCAUGUAUCGGCUGAGUCAACAGCCAUGUAUAUUACUCAUAUUCCAAUACAAACAAACGCUCACAUCUUGCUCAUAAUUUUUCUACCUCUCUCCUGACACAUAUUCAAAUCUAGCCCUACACACACAAAUUCCCUUGCACACAAUGCCUAGGCCUAGACUGUAUAUUGAAUGUACUUAUAUCUCCUUGCAUUUCAGGUUUACAUGCCAAAUAAGAAAACCCAAAACAUGCUUAAGAAUGGGAUUGCGAUCAAGCGGGACUCGAUCACGCAUUUGACAGCCAUGGACGAGGAGGGGUGGCUAACCCACAAACUGGGUUGCACCAAUGGGCAUGCCUUCUUCAGCCAGGACGGCUCAGACUACUACCCCCCUCCCCACGGCCAGAAUGGAUCGUCCCUCAGCGCCACGGGCCCCGAGCAGGAUGAGCCAGAGGGCUACGAGAAGCGCGGCGUAGGAUUGGACUUUGCCAUCCUGGACAGCACCUUCCUCCUCUCUCAGGUCUUCCCCACUCUCUUCAUGGGCAUGAUAGUUCAGUUCACAAAGUCUGUCACUGCCUAUAUGGCCUCCUCCGCCAUUUUUGGCAUCAUUGCUAUUUAUCUGGCCAACCAGAUCAUCUUUGACCAAAAGGACCUCAAUAGCUGAAAGAACCAGGAACCAGUAGUGAAGGAAUGCACCCUUGGAUGCACGACUGCUUCCAGCAUGUAACGCUCCAGUGUUGUUGCUGGCCGUUGCCAUGGCAUCACCAAUGCAUUGCAAUGAGGCAGCCGUCUGUACGUUUGUAUGUAUGUGUGUGGCAGAAUUAAAGGAAAAUGACAAUUGUUACCUCCAGAGAUUACUGCAGGCAGUUACUAUGGCUACGAGAGAGAGGCAUUAGCUGGUCUGUCGACGCUGUCUGUGUACUUAAGAGUGUCUCUCACCUUGUUCCCCUCAGUCACAUAGAAGGCCGCUCAGAGAGGUCCCUUCUCCUUCUCCUCGGGUACAACUAGCUACACAGCUUGAUCAGACUCCAUCAGACCUUAGACAACUGAAAUACAGACGUAUUAACAUUUUACUCUCAUCUAUGUGUGAAGUGG